AUGGCCGCCUGGGGUAACGUGGACAUGGAAGACCGUUUGAAUCUUUUGCAGUACAUGGUGUUGGAGGCGCUUAGCUCCCCCGCAGCGCAGGAAGAGGCGGAGAAGGUGAGGAAGAUGCAUGAGGAGAUGAAGUUAACGAUGGAAAGGCGGACGAAGGAGAUCCGGGAAGGUGCCCAUAAGGAAAUUACUUCCCUCCUUAAGCAAUUUUCGUCCUCCUCGAAAUCAGCGAAUGACAGCUCAGAAACGUAUGAAGCAAAGCGAGAGAAACUCUAUGAAGAGAUGGAACAGAGGCUGCAGCAUGUUGUGAAUGAAUACUUGGGCAUACAAGAUGGCAAGGACGUUGGGGCUCUCAUCUGCCCACUCGGCAUGGACCGCUACCGACGGAUGUAUUGGCGAUUUCCAUUCGAUCGCCAUAUCGUUGUUCAAUCUAUUUCUGCCACCGAUACUAAUUUUCCCAUUCUGCCUGAGCCACGCGAACUCGUGGUUCAGAGCGUGAAGGAUGCGAGGGCCAUGUUGCUUGAUGACUCAGACGAAAUUGAGCACAAUUCCAAGGACGCCAAUGGCAACGUUCACAAGAGUGACAGUGAUGAAGUUCCACAGCGAGUAUGGGGUGUUGUGCCGCCAGAGUAUUUAGGCCACUUCAUCGAGGGGCUUGACCGACGGGGCAUAAGGGAGGCGGCGCUUCGACGCUCGCUGGAAUCAAUUCAGCCGUAUUUGCUUAGUUUGAGCGAGCCGCCGGUGGGACGUAUGACCCGGACGCGUUCCCACACCUUCGGCUAUUUCAAUAAGUUGAAGCUCGAACUGUAG